GCCAUGUCGUUGAGCCCCAAGCACACGACGCCCUUCUCCGUGUCCGACAUCCUGAGCCCCAUCGAGGAGACCUACAAGAAGUUCGGCGGCGCCAUGGACGGCGCGCCGCCCGGCCUGGGGGCGCCCCUGGGGGUCGCGGCCGCCGCCUACCGCGCGCCGCCGCCCGGGCCCUCCUCGCAGGCGGCGGCCGUGGCCGGCAUGCAGCCCCCGCACGCCAUGGCGGGCCACAACGCGGCGGCGGCGGCGGCGGCGGCGGCGGCAGCGGCGGCGGCCGCCACCUACCACAUGCCGCCCGGCGUCUCGCAGUUCGCGCACGGCGCCAUGGGCGGCUACUGCAACGGCGGCCUGGGCAACAUGGGCGAGCUGCCUGCCUACACGGACGGCAUGCGGAGCGGUGCGGCCGCCGCGGCCACCGGCUGGUACGGCGCCAACCCGGACCCGCGCUACUCGUCAAUCUCCAGAUUCAUGGGGCCGUCGGCGGGCGUCAACGUGGCCGGCAUGGGGUCGCUGACAGGCAUCGCGGACGCCGCCAAGUCGCUGGCGCCCCUGCACGCGGCGGCGGCGGCGCCGCGGAGGAAGCGCCGCGUGCUGUUCUCGCAGGCGCAGGUCUACGAGCUGGAGCGGCGCUUCAAGCAGCAGAAGUACCUCUCGGCGCCCGAGCGCGAGCACCUGGCCAGCAUGAUCCACCUGACGCCCACGCAGGUCAAGAUCUGGUUCCAGAACCACCGCUACAAGAUGAAGCGGCAGGCCAAGGACAAGGCGGCGCAGCAGCUGCAGCAGGAGGCCGGUCUGGGCCCGCCGCCGCCGCCGCCGCCGUCCCCGCGCCGCGUGGCCGUGCCGGUGCUGGUCAAGGACGGCAAGCCCUGCCAGAACGGCGCGGCCACGCCGACGCCCGGCCAGGCCGGCCCGCAGCCGCCCGCGCCGACGCCCGCGCCCGAGCUGGAGGAGCUGUCGCCCAGCCCGCCCGCGCUGCACGGCCCGGGGGGCGGCCUGGCGGCCCUGGACGCGGCGGCGGGGGACUACGGCGGCGGCUCGCUGGGCGCCAACCUGCUCUAUGGCAGGACGUGGUGA